UUGCGGUACUGAGGUUUGAACUCAGGGCCUCACACUUGCUAGGCAGUCACUCUACCACUUGAGCCACUCCUCCAGCCUGGCAUGUUUUCUUAAGCUUUUGUUGUUAACUUUUGAGUAGGUAACAAAUUCAUGUUUCACAUAUAGUUUAUGUAUAUAUGUAAGCAAGUGUGUAUGCAUACAUACAUGAAUUUUUAAUCCCUUAGCAGUACUUCUUGUUCAAGAGAAGACCUGACAUACUAACUUGUAAAAAUGUUUUCUGUCUAAUGACUGUAUACUCUUUAAAGUCAGCCCCCAAAUUGUUUUGGGGGCUAGGGUUAUUUAUACCUACAAUAGAUCUGCAGUAAUGUCAAGUUUAAUCCUGAAUUACAUGGAAUAGUUUUUCAUGGAUUACCUCCUUGUGAAAAACAUUAGUCUUCAACUCUCUGUAAGUUGGGAAAAUACUCUUUGGAAUCCAGCAAGAAAUCAAGCAAAGAAGGGAAGGAAAAGAUAACAUCAGCUUUGCUGCCAUAAGACAAGUCCAGGAUGACUGAACACUGCCAGUUGACUGGAACCAUUAAAGGUCUGUGAAUGGCUUCAGCAGAAAACUUGGAAAUUUCUCCAUAAAGAUAUCACCAGGGAAGAAAAAAAAAGGCAUCAAUUCCUUUUUUUAUGCUGUCACCUUUUUGCUUUUUCAAAUGAUACCAUAGAUACUUGGAUUUCUAUCAUCCAGACUUAACCUGAGCAAGUUGCAUGGAACUAGCAAGCUCCUGAAGGAAGACCUUAACUGCACUUCCUUUCUAAACAGAAAAUGCCAUGACAUCCUUAAAUGUUUCUGAAGAAUGAAUGGAUUGUGAACUCUCACUGACUUGUGUCUUGUGCAAUGAGCUUCUCUAAAAGAACUGUGUUGGAUUCUGGAGGCUGCAGUCUUCCUCUGUUUUGAGGAAGUCGUGUGGAUCUGUGGCAGGACAGCCAUAGCUUGAACCAAGAUGAGUGGGGAACAGUCAAAUUGGAUCCUGGCACCUUUUGACUUCUAUUUACUGAAAGUUUUACACAUUGACUUAUUUAAGUUUUUAUCAUAGGAUAGCAAAAGCAUCAGGCUUACGGUUUCAUUGCUAAUGAGUGGUACUAUUUAGCUUGGCCUCAGGGACUAUUAUUUCCAUUACAUUGAUUUCUGCUUUGUAUGGCUUUCUGACAUACCUACUUCAUUAUGUUUGUUCUUUGUUUUGUUAGUUAAACUUCAUUUAAUUAUUUAGUUUUCAUUGUAGGGAAUCUGGUGUUGAGGGACUUGCCUAUAAGUGCUAAAAUCUUCUAACUCUUCUUCAUAUUACUAUAAGUAUAGUAUGUGGAAUCAUGAAUCUUUGUUCAUUGCUCAUAUGAGCUAUUGGAGUUUUCUUUGCUAUCAAGGUAGCAUAGGAAGGUUAAGACAAUUGUUUCAGUACAUUGCUGAGUGAGGGUUUUCAGAGCUCUCUCCAUAUCUAAUACAUAAUGGGUAAAAAUUCUAAAUAUUUAAUUCUUAAUAUAAAGAAUGGUUAAAUAAAUAUAUCAUUUAUAAUAAGAAUACAUAGACAGAUAAGGAGUGGGGAUAUAAAAGCAUCUGUCAUAGUAAGAGGAAAGACAGAUAGUCCUGUCCUCUCAGGAGAUUGCAGUUAGGCUUUGUACAUAAAGUUAUGAGCUGAGACUAGGGUUGUCUCCUGAAUUAAAGCUGAAAUAAAGGGCAGAUAGAAUGGCUCAAGUGCUAGAAUGCCAACCUAGUAAGCCCGAGGCUCCGAGUUCAAAUUCCAGUAUCACUUAAAAAAAAAAAGGAGGAUACUUACAAAAAAAAAAAAAGCUGAAAUAAAUUUGCCUGACUAUUAGAAAGUGUCAUUUGCUUGUGACCUGAAGAAAAAGUGAAGGUACCAAUUUGACAAUAGGAACAGGAGUCAGCACUAUAUUUUGAAUGGCAAGACCCCCAAAAUCCUAAUGUAAGACCUGGUUCAAGUAGUCUAGCUCAUACCAUACUGAUCAUUGUGGCUCCCUGCCAUUUCGUUCUGUCUCAUCACAUGUUAGGGCUCAGAAGCAGUGGAGCCAGGUGAACAUGUACUGAUACUACAUUUGAUCUUAGCCAAAAGGUGGAGAAGUUGACCAUGAACUGAAACCUCUGCGAUUGUGAGCUGAAAUAAAUUCUUUCUCCUUUAAGUUGUUAAUGUCAGGUAUUUUGUCAGAGCCACAGAAAGCUGACUAAUACAAAAAGUUAAAAGAUGGGAAUAACAGCCUUGAAAGAAGAACGGUAGAUUAACAUGAACAGUUGACUUAGUGAAAAAAUUAAAGCUUGAGAAUCUUGAAAAUGAAAACUUCAAUUAUUGAAGUUUUCAAAGCCCAAUAAUUUGGUAAAUAGUAACUAGAUGAUCUGAAGAACCUUUUUAAUAGAACAAUGGAAGUGAGACCAUAAAUGAGUCUAAUCACAAAAUGCAAGGCACAGGAAUACAGUUGGGAAACCAUGAGUGUCAUUGGCUCAGUAGGAAUUCUAGAAGGAGAUAUUAGAAGAGAAAGAUGUAAUAGAGAAUGCUGAGAUAUUCCCAUACUUGAAUGACAUGAAAAAGACACUCAAGAAAUUCAAGUAAAUCAACUGUAGUUUUAGUAAAAUUGUAAGAUGUUAAAGACAAAGAAGACAUUAAGAGCUAUGAAGAGAUUACCUCUGAAGAGUGAAAAUCCAACAAAUGCAGACAUCCCAGGAACAGUAGAUACUGAAAAUGACAAUAAAAAUGCUGAUGGAAAGCUAUUGUUGAAACAAUUCUCCAGCAAAAUGUCAUUCCAGACUGAAGCUGAAAGACAUUUUGGAUGUAUGGGAUCUAGUGUAUCAAUACCUUUGGGAGCUGGGGCUGGUGACUCAUGCCUAUAAUCCUAGCUUUUCAGGGGACAGAGAUCAGGAGGAUCACAGUUUGAAGCCAUCCAGACCCUAUCUCGAAAAACCCAUCACAAAAAAGGACUGGUGGAGUGGCUCAAGGUGUAGGCCCCAAGUUCAAGCCCUAGUGCCACAAAAAAAACAAAACAAAACAAACUUUGGAUGGGAAUAAUAGUAUCCAGCUGACAGUGGCUAACUUACAAAGGCAUUUUAUAACAUAAUAAAUAAGAGAUUCCUGAAGUGGGUGAUUGACUCAAUAAUGGUUUGGUAUAGGCAGUUCACAUAGUCUCAAGCUGGUUCCAUCAAUUUCAUGCAUCAUUCCUCACAUGUCAGUAACGAAACAAGAAGGGAAGUGACAAGUGAAAAUGCGCCUUCUCUUGUGCUUGUCUUACCUGGUAAGAAAAUCUUUCCCAGAAACUGUUCAGCAGAAUUCCAGUCAAAUACUGGCCAGAACUAGGUCAGAUGCUAGCUACUACUUCAGUCGCUUGCUUAGCCUAUCAUGAUUUAUCCCUUGGUACCAAGUGCAUCGCCAUCCUAACUCAGUUAUUUUAGCAGGGAAGAAAGGGCAGUCGUUGGGUUGUUCACACAUGCUCAGCUCUUGCCUUUCUAAUGUCAAAGUAUUUGAUACCAUGUUUAAGCAUCAUUAUAUUAGUUUUGUAAACAAGGGAUUGUGAUGGCACUUUCUAUGUGGUCUGCAUAGACUUUUUAAACUUUUAUGUUACUUUGACAUUGGGUAUAAUUCUUGAGCAUCUUUGGCAGCUAGAGUGUUCUGCUAGUUUGUGUCACUAGUCUAUUAAGUGUAACUGUUACUUUGAUUUUUUUUUUCACCAAGACAGUAUUUAGAACAGGUGUGCUUGGGAAAAUAUGAAAGACAAUUUGCAAAUUAUUUCACUGAGAACUGCUUAGAAUUCUAAUGAAAAGUCUUUGUAAUAUUCUGAUGCUAUUUCAUUUGCUCUUCAUAAAUGUCUUGGGGGGACAGUAUUGGGAUUUGAAUCCAGGACCUUGUGCUUGCUGGCUGUACACUUGAGCCAUGUCCCCAGCCCUCUUCAUAGUUGUUUCAUAAGGUUGUUUGCACUUUUAUUAUUUGUUUUUUGAAAAACUGGGGAUUGAACCCAGAGCCUCAGCAUGUUAGGCAAGCACUCUACCAUUUGAGCCAUGCCCUGCACUUUUGUCAUUUUACAGAUAAAAAAUUGAGACACAAGGAAGCUAAUAAUGUGUUGUUAAGUAAUAGAUAAUGUAGUGGAGAUAGGAUUCCAUUCUAGGUAUUUUUAUUCUAAUGUUUAUGUAGUCCCAAAAUUGAAUGGAGAUACACAUUUUUUAUUUAUUUUGAUAAAUAGGAAAGAUUAUAGAAGGCAAAAAAGAUUUAUAUAUGUACUGCUUAUCUGAUACUAGCAUUAAAGAAGCUUAGAUUUUAAUUCAUUUCCUUAACAUUUUAAGCAUUGUUGCAAGCAAGAGGAACAAGGACAGAAAGAGCUUGUGGUACUAGAGUAAAUGUAAGAAAACAAAUACUUCCAUAUUUUACCCCAAUGUAGUUGCGGAGAGAAGGUAAGCAUUGUAUUCAGACACCUGGGUUCAACUCCUGAGCUAACCUCUUAUUUAUCACUUAUGUAACCUUGGGCAAAUCAUGUUACCUUUCUGAACUUACUUACAUUUACUUGUAAAAUCACCUCUUCUCUGUUCUUUUUGUAACGGUGAGUUGAGAUGAAUUGAAGUUUCUAGUAGACAUCAGGCAUGCAAGCUAUUAUUAUUUCAUAAUAAUUCAUUCUUAAGUUUAGAUGUGGUUUUAAGGUAGCGUUUUUUUCCCCCAAAGCUGUCUCAGUUUUGCAAGUACACACACACACACACACACACACACACACACACACACUCACUUAGGGAUAUAAAUUAGAGUUGCUUGUGUUAUACUACUUCUUACCUCUUGGCUUGCUUUGCUUUGGGUGUGUAAAUGUUCUUUUUCCUUCCAUUGUAGGUCCUAUGGCAGUGUGUACAAAGCUAUUCAUAAAGAGACUGGUCAGGUUGUUGCUAUUAAACAGGUUCCAGUGGAAUCAGACCUGCAGGAGAUAAUCAAAGAAAUAUCGAUAAUGCAACAAUGUGACAGCCCUCAUGUAGUCAAAUAUUACGGCAGUUAUUUUAAGAACACGGACUUGUGGAUUGUUAUGGAGUACUGUGGGGCUGGUUCUGUAUCUGACAUCAUUCGAUUACGAAAUAAGACGUUAACAGAAGAUGAAAUAGCUACAAUAUUACAAUCAACUCUUAAGGGUCUGGAAUACCUUCAUUUUAUGAGAAAAAUACACCGAGAUAUCAAGGCAGGAAAUAUUUUGCUAAAUACAGAAGGACAUGCAAAACUUGCAGAUUUUGGAGUAGCAGGUCAACUUACAGAUACCAUGGCCAAGCGGAAUACAGUAAUAGGAACACCAUUUUGGAUGGCUCCUGAAGUGAUUCAGGAAAUUGGGUACAACUGUGUGGCAGAUAUCUGGUCUCUGGGCAUAACUGCCAUAGAGAUGGCUGAAGGAAAGCCACCAUAUGCUGAUAUCCAUCCAAUGAGGGCAAUCUUCAUGAUUCCUACAAACCCACCUCCCACAUUCCGCAAGCCAGAGCUGUGGUCAGAUAACUUCAUGGAUUUUGUGAAACAGUGUCUCGUGAAGAGCCCUGAGCAGAGAGCCACAGCCACUCAGCUCCUACAGCACCCGUUUGUCAAGAGUGCCAAAGGAGUGUCAAUACUGCGGGACUUAAUUAAUGAAGCCAUGGAUGUGAAACUGAAACGCCAGGAAGCCCAGCAGCGGGAAGUGGACCAGGAUGAUGAAGAAAACUCAGAAGAGGAUGAAAUGGAUUCUGGAACGAUGGUUCGAGCAGUGGGUGAUGAGAUGGGCACUGUCCGAGUAGCCAGCACCAUGAGUGAUGGAGCCAAUACCAUGAUUGAGCAUGAUGACACGUUGCCAUCACAGCUUGGCACCAUGGUGAUCAAUGCGGAGGAUGAGGAAGAGGAAGGGACUAUGAAAAGUAAGGCUUUGAUGAGGUACACUAACUUCUCAGACAAUGCAUACACAUUCCAGAGAACACUUGUUCACAUAGUCCACAUAGGCUCAGUCUUGAGUCCACUCUUCUGUUGCCACAACCAAAGUAGGUUUUAUAUCAGAGGGCUGUGCAGGGCAGGAGGUGGGAAGGGGUAGAGUAAGUGUUUGGAGUCAGAGGCAAGAAAGUGCCAGCAAUGAGAAGGGAUUUUGCUUUUCAACCCACCAGCAUUCUUUCAUUGAAUGUUGUCAUUGAAAGCAGAUUUAUACGUUAUUUUGAUGCAUAAUUCAUCCCAAGGUAUAAUGAAAUUCUAAGUACAGUAUAUAUCUUCAGUUCAUUUUCGUAAUAGUUUGGCUAUCUAACCAAGGUUUGCCAAACACUCAGUCAAGGAUGACUGUACAAAUUUAAAAAAAAUUCUGUCAAGUGCCUUCAGAAGUGUCCAUCUUGCUGCUGCUGCUGCUUUUUUUUUUUUGAGAUGGGGAUCUCACUUUGUUGCCCAGGGUAGCCCUGAAUUCCUAUUCUCAAGUGAUCUUCCGGUUUCAGCCUCCCAAGUAGCGGGGACUUCAGGUACCUCUCACUGUGUCUAGCUCUCUGCUUUUUUUUAAUCUAUGAGACCCUUUUUGCCUUUGAUGAGAAGUGAUACCUUAGGGUAACAUGCUCUUCUCUACUUUUUAGCUAUUGCCUCUCCUUACUCUGAGCAUUAUAGACUAGCUCUCAGAGAAAAGCAAUUAGAAGUAAAAAUGAUAAUGAUUGAGUUGUAUAGGUCCAGUUUACCUUAAAUCUGCAUAGGUUUAAAGCCCAAAGUCUUCUGUAUAUAUAUUUUAAAUUCUUUAUAUUUUUGCAGUGCUAGGGCUCUAACCCAGGUCCUUGCUCAUUCUAAGGAAAUGUUCCACCACUGAACUAUAUCCCCAGGUCCCCUUUCUAAAAUUUAAAAGCCUUUCCUGUAAACCAUGGAUCAGCAAGCUAUGGUCCACAAGCCAAAUCUGGCCUGGUAAUUUUGGUAAUAAAGUUUAUUGGAACAUAGAUAUGGCCAUUUACUUACAUGUUGUCUAUGGCUGUUUCGCUGCUAAAAAGGCAGAGUUGGGUAUUUGUAAGAGAGACAUCUGGCUCCUAAAAUAUUUGCUGUCUGACCCUUUUCACACUGAAAAAGAUUACUAGUCUCAGCUCUAGACCCUUUGCUUUGUGAUUAAUUCAUUCAAUAAAUUUUUCUUUUUUGCCUGUUGUUUCCUGAGUAGUUUGCUAAGUGUCAAGAACAGCAAGGAAUGAAGAAACAGCCCUUGCCCAAAGGAGCUGAUUAUCUAGUCUGGGGGAAAGACCACUAAUUAUAGUUCAGUGUAUGAAAUGAGUUCUAACAUAGGAGUAAUCUGAGGGUGCUGUUAGAGCAGAGUGGAAGAGUAUUUCAUUUAGACUGGGGUUUCUGGAGGAAAAAAGCAGUGAAGCUGGCAGCAUGCAGGGUGGGCAGAGGUGUUCCUGCAGAGGAAGUAGCGUGCACAAGGUCCUGGGCAAGAGGAUUGAGUUUAAGGAGCUGAGUGGCUUAUUGUGGCUAAAAUGGACAGUUAUAGGGCAAGGUUCUCAGGUGACUCCUGUAAUCUCCAUUUUUCAGGUCAUAGUCUGUGUAUUUUUAAUCAAUCUCUUGUUUUCAAAGGAAAAUAUUUUCUAUUUUGUGGCUCCGGUUUGUUGUCUGUUUGGCUUCUGAUCAGAAUUACAUAUAUGAUGAAGGGAUGAUAAUAAUGUGGAUAAAACUUUUCUGGAAUGUAAUGUGUAUCAAGAAUUUAAAAAGUUCAGACCUUUGAUUCAGUAAAUUCCAUGUCUGGGAAUCUGGUCUAAGAAAAUAAAUGAAUAUAUAGACAAUUAUAUUCAAGAGUAUUCCAAAACAUUGUACUUAAAAGUAUAAAAAAAAGACUGGAUUCAUUUAAAUGGUCAGUAGCAGAUGAUUGGUCAGAUUAAUUAUGGUGCAUCCAUAGGAUAGAAUACUGUAUAUACAAAAAUAUUAAAAAUCCUGUUUUGAGAAACACUUAGUGAAUUGGGGAAAUAUUUGUUGAGUGAAAGAAAAAGGAAUGAAUAUUACAG